UGUGAGACGAGCAAUUCGAGUCUCGAUCAGUCGCGCCCGUCUCAAAUCCAAAAUAAAAUUAGGCGAAAAAUAAGUAAAAAUUGAUCGACCUGUUUCGCGACCUGCUGGGCUGGACGGGGAAAUAACUGCGACCAGAGGAAAAUGUUGAGACACGGGUUGGCUGUGCUAUGUCGAAUUAGUGGUACAUGUCCCGCAAUUAAAUCGGAGAGAUUGGGACUUGGACGAUUGCUCCAUACGAGCAAGGUUGCUUGUUCCGAUAGUUUGUUUGUGCACCGAGACACUCCUGAGAAUAACCUGGACGUCCCUUUCGAAUUUAACGAGGAAAACAAAAAGCGAGCCAAGGCAAUAAUUGCCAAUUAUCCGGAAGGUCAUGAACGUUCAGCUUUGAUCCCUUUGUUGGAUCUAGCUCAAAGACAACAUGGUUGGCUUCCAAUAUCUGCGAUGCAUAAAGUAGCCGAAAUGCUGGAAAUUCCCAAAAUGCGAGUGUAUGAAGUUGCUACGUUCUACACCAUGUUUAUGAGAAAUCCAACGGGAAAAUAUCACAUUCAAGUUUGUACAACAACCCCAUGUUGGCUCCGAGAUUCUGACAGUGUUCUAAAUUGUAUCACGAGCAAGCUGAACAUUAAAGUGGGAGAGACGACGAAAGACGGCAUGUUCACUCUGAGCGAGGUGGAAUGUCUUGGAGCUUGUGUGAACGCCCCCAUGGUCGCAGUCAACGAUGAUUAUUAUGAGGAUUUGACAGCAAAGGAUAUGGAGCAAAUCUUGGAUGAACUCAAAGCGUCAAAACAGCCACGGCCUGGACCUCGGUAAGAAUAAAUGGCAGAUUUUCCUGUGAACCAGCCGGUGGCCUAACAUCUUUGACUGGAGAACCAACUGGUCCUGGCUUCGGUGUGAGGAAAGACCUUUAGUUUGCAUCGAAAUAGAAAACCUAUGAAAAUUGUACAGUUAAAAAAUCGUAUUGUAGUCGAGUAUGCGGAUUAUUCUUUGUUUUUAACUUAAACGUCAUUAUGCGAGAGUCAAUUAAAUCGCAAGAACCUACAUAUAUUAUGCAUCGCAAAAACAUGUAAAUAUGUGGUUGGCUAAAAUAAAUGUUAACAGAAACUGA